AGCUGUUUCUCGGGCUUGCUUUUUGAGCAGUGUAUGGCGUCCUGCUAGGCGUAGAACGUUUCAAAGUUAGGCAUUUACUUCUCUCGCAGCGUCUCGGUACGCAAUCGCAGCAUCAAGUCCCUCGUCAAAGCCCAUCCAUCACUGAGAGCAUAUUGGUCUGCAGUCUCAUGGCCACCUUUCGUCCAACAAAACGGAGCACGCCGACGUCCCCGAUCCAGCGCCUGCGCCGCUCGCUUUCUUCCGAGAGCGACGACGAGCCGACCGCCAGCGUGCACAUAAGUGACGCGGCGACGGCCGGCAGCGACGCCAGUGCAUCAACAGACGACGAGAAGGCCGUGCUCUCGCACUGGGACUCCGACAACGCGCUCGACGCGACGGGCCACGCGGCGGGCCUGCCGUCGACACUCUUACUCCACCCGUCGCAGCAGCCGCCUACACUAUUUUUAGAUGUGGAUGGCGUCCUCAACACGGCGCAGAUGUUCGAGCGGCACGCGCUCCACCCGAAGUUGCUCAAGCGCCUCAAGUCGGUUAUCGACGCAACCGAUGGUAGAAUAGUGCUGUCGACGACGUGGCGCAUGGUCGAGGAAAACGAGCGCGUCCUGCUGGACGCGCUCAUCGACCAGGGGAUCAACCCGAACACCGUAGUGGGCCGCACGCCGGUGCUCGGGCUGGCGGAUCUGCAUUGGAGCGGCGAUCACGGGACGCUCGCGGAGACGAGGAGGGCCUCGGAAAUAGUAAGGUAUCUGGACACGUCGCCGGCCGUCGAAAAGGGGCGCUGGGCCGUCGUCGAUGAUUUGGACGUGCUUCGGGUGGACGAUCCUUCGAUCCGAUCAAGAUUGGAGGGCCACUGCGUCCGGACGGCCGUCGAGUCGGGCCUGACGCAGACCUGCUGCGACGCGUUGAUCGCGAUGCUGCGGCCGCUCCCGCCGCCGCCGGCGGCGGAACCGACGACGCCGCCCGCCGACGCGUGCCGCGGGCCGCCGACGAGUCCUACGUUCAACAUGAAGCUGCUGACCACGACGGGCACCGUCAUAACAUGA